AUGAGGUUCUUAAAGUGUGUUGUAUUUUUUGUUGUUGUGUUUUCUUAUGUGGCAAAUGGAGAUCCUCUAGUUCCAGCAUUGAACAUAUUUGGAGACUCUGUAGUUGAUGUUGGAAAUAAUAACAAUUUGACUACUCUUAUCAAGGCUAAUUUUCUUCCUUAUGGAAGAGAUUUUGUUACUCACAGACCUACUGGAAGAUUCUGCAAUGGAAAGCUGGCAACUGACUUCACUGCUGAAUAUCUUGGGUUCACUACAUAUCCACCAGCUUACCUUAGCCCAGAGGCAAGAGGGAGAAAUAUACUGACUGGUGUCAACUUUGCCUCUGCUGCUUCUGGUUAUUAUGAAAGGACUCCUCAACUUUAUCGUGCACUUACAUUGGCACAGCAGCUACAGUAUUACAGGGAAUGGCAAGGAAAAGUAGUGAAUUUAGUAGGAAGGACACAAGCUAAUAAUAUAAUUGCAGGAGGAAUCCAUCUAUUAAGUGCAGGGAGCAGUGAUUUUAUUCAGAAUUACUAUGUUAAUCCAAUGCUCAACAGGAUCUUCUCACCUGAUCGAUUUUCCGAUAUGCUUAUGCAGUCUUAUACUACAUUCGUUCAGAAUCUUUAUGGUAUGGGAGCAAGGAAGAUUGGAGUAACAACUCUGCCACCAACAGGUUGUUUGCCAGCAGCAAUUACUUUGUUUGGUAGAGGAAGCAAUCAAUGUGUUGCAAGAUUGAACCAAGAUGCUGUUUUCUUCAACGAGAAGCUGAAUCGGACAUCAGAAAAUUUGAGGAGCAGACUUCCAGGCCUCAAACUUGUCGUCUUCGACAUCUAUCAGCCUCUAUUCGAUAUGAUCACUAAACCUGCAGAUAGUGGAUUCUUUGAAUCAAGGAGGGCUUGUUGUGGGACUGGUACGAUAGAAACAUCGUUCCUUUGCAAUGUCAGGUCAGUAGGGACAUGCUACAACGCCACACAGUACGUCUUCUGGGACGGGUUCCAUCCCUCUGAAGCAGCUAAUGAGAAAUUAGCUCAAAGUCUACUGGAGCAGGGCUUUGAUCUCAUCUCUUAAUCAAGUGUUGUAUGGUUGCUGUUGGAGUUGCAAAUGUUUAAGCUUAUAUGUUACUAGUAAGUCUUUGUGGUAAAGUAGUUAAAAACUAUUUGAAGGUUACUUCAUUAUAUGUGUUUGCCAAGAUUUCACCUACUG